AUGCAUUUUUUCUUAAUUGCUAUUCUAGCCAUUAUUCAGGCUGGCACAUCCCAAGCUGGAACCCUUGAGGUCAUAGAUCAUGAUCGGCAAUGUCUGAUAUGGUCUACUGAUAAUUAUGGCUGCACAGGUUACUCUGCGUCAUUUGGCCUUCUCGAUGGAGUUGAUUGUUCAAAAAUCAGUGGGGUUGUCAAUGGCAACCGUCAUGAAUUGAAUGUGCUCAAAGUCGACGUAUGCGGUACAGAGGACGGUUCGCCCGUUGCUUGGAUCCAGGUGAACCGCACGGGACUGGUCACAUUCUCCAAUAUAAAUGGGAAUCAAUCGUCCUGUGUACUCAAUGAUGGACUAAAGGCUGGUAGCUGGUGUGUUACAACUGAAGAAUUAGAUAAAACAAACUCGCCCUGCUACUCAUCUACCUAUAAACUACCUACCAGCGCCCCAUCUUCCAGCACUCCAUUUACCAGCACUCCAUCUACCAGCACUCCAUUUACCAGCACUCCAUCUACUACUACUACGAAAGAUAGCCAUCUCACUAUCGUUACUGUUGCUUCUGUCACUAGCACUUCUACUAGUAUUGUUUGGGUUACAGUGUAA